AUUUCUUCCUUUCUUGAAUUUUCCAUUUCUUCUUGCCAACUCUUAUCUGUUUAUUAUUACACCAGUUCUUACCCACCCAAACCCCCCCACCUCAUAUGUGUCAUCGGAACCUUCUAGAAUCACCAAAAAUCCUAAGGGAAACUCUCCUUCUCCCUGCAGUUUUGGCUCCAGAUCUGCGCUAGUAACAUCGAAUCUUCAGUCAAGUAUGUAACUUUUAGAUUACAAUAUUUUUUCCUUUGGUAUAUUUGCCGGCAAAUGGUUGUUUCUUAUUUUAAUUUUUUGAUCCCUGGGUGACUCAAACCAAGAGAUUGAGGGUGGAGGUGCUUAUCAUCCGAGCAACUACCUCUGAUGAUUUUUUUUCCUUUUUAAUCCUUCAAUGACUGACUGAAACCCACAUAUUGAGGGUGCAGGGUGAACCGCUCAUAUUCUGACAAAUGAUUUUUGAGUUGUAUUAAAUGGACUUUAGUUAUUCAGGUAAUUAAGAAGAUAUGACUACACCAGCAAUAGAACGGAACAGAGAAACGAUGGCUGGUGAAACGGCGAGGUCCGUUCCGACGCCGUUUCUAACAAAGACGUACCAGCUCGUGGAGGAUCAAUCUAUUGACGGCGUGAUCUCUUGGAAUGAAGAUGGAUCUACUUUCAUCGUUUGGAAUCCAACGGAGUUUGCUAGAGAUUUGCUUCCUAAAUAUUUUAAGCAUAAUAAUUUCUCUAGCUUCGUUCGCCAGCUCAACACCUAUGGAUUUCGGAAAGUCGUACCUGAUCGAUGGGAAUUCGCAAACGACUGUUUUCGAAAAGGUGAUAAAAGUCUCUUACGUGAUAUCCUGCGUCGAAAGGUAGUAACCACGCCGAUUGCAACCGCGGUCGCGCCUGUGCCUGUGCCUGUGCCUGUGCCUGUGCCUGUGCCUGUGCCUGUGCCUGUGCCUGUGCCUGUGCCUGUGCCUGCGCCUGCUCCGCCUGCAGCUCAGCCACCGCGUAGUGUAUCCACCUCAGAUUCCGGCGAAGAGCAAGUCGUAUCAUCAAAUUCAUCUGCAGGCAGCACAGCAGGGCUGUUAGGGGAAAAUGAACGGUUAAGAAAAGAGAAUCUACAGCUCAGCAAAGAGUUAUGCCACAUGAAGAAGCUUUGUGGCAAUAUAUACAGCAUGAUGUCGAAUUACGAAGACACUUCCAACAGCGUUAAUAAUCAAUCAGCUGAGAGUAUUUCACCUUUACCGGUGUUGAAGCCGCUCGAUCUCUUACUGAAUGACCGGUCUGUUGAUGAUCAAUCAGAGAUUCAAACUGUACCUGAUCGGGUCGAACCAGAUGAUGUGCGGGCGAGAUUAUUCGGUUUUUCGAUAGGCGUGAAACGUGUUAGGGAAGGUGGUGAGGAAGCAACAACGGCGGAGCAGGAGCAUGAGCAUGAGCAUGAUCAUGAUUUACGAUUGCGGCAACCUGGAAGAACGGAUGUGAAAUCUGAACCGUCGGAUCAGGAAAAUGAUGAUAGUAGUAAAAAUGAAGAGACAUCGUGGCUGAUAAAUUGCAGUGGUGGACGAAAUCAAAGGGUUUGUAAUUCAUAGAGUUGUUGGUGUGAGUAACUUAGAUUAGAUUAGAGAUUAGCUUAUCAAAAUCAAAAGAGCCAAAGAUCAAACAGGUGUUACUGCCUCUGUUUCUAUUUGUUUGUCUUAUUUUGACUUGACACGGAGAUUAAGAAAGUUUUAAAAAAAAAUUGUUAUCUUUAAAUUAAAGAUGAGUUUAAGUUUCGUGAA